AUGUCGGGCAGAAAAAAAAAGGAUUAUUGCAAGAUUCCCGAAGUUAGAAGAGAGGUAUUAAUUCCACUAUUUCAAUAGACAAUCCUGUUUAAAUAAGCAAAUAACCUGUUCUUUCAGGUUCUUAAAGAAGUACUUGACUUGCUACCAAGUUCCCUUUCGUUGAAGAGGAUUACGAUAGACUUUGAAAAGGCUCUUUGGUCCGCAAUAGGCCAGUUACUACCUGAUGUGGACAUCAGAGGUUGUGCCUUUCAUAUGACCCAAGCACUGUGGAGAAAGGUUAGUAAGAAAUUAUUGUAAACUGUUUAACUAAAAAAUAUAUCCGUAAAUCAUAAAUCUUCAAAAUUUUCGCCGAUUAGUGGGAACAAGCCAUGUAGUGAAUAUCUUUGAGUGACACAUAUUCUAACUAAUGAGGAGCAAGACCAAUUUCGUUUAAUUUCCCUUUUUUUUUUUCCUAGGUUCAAGAGCUCGGGUUACAGAGUGCGUACUGCAAUGAUCCCGGUACCCACGAAAAAUGAUGGCCUUGCCCUACUUACCGGACCAGGAGAUUGA